ACAAUGGAUGUAGGCACUGGAAUUUUGGAUCUUAACGAUUAUUGCCUACAGAAGAUACUCCAUUAUGUGGACAUUAAAGGACAAAUCAGUUUUGCCCAAGCCUGUAAUAGAUUUCGGGAUGUCUUCCUUGUCUGGUCGCGUUGUGAAUACUCCUAUGUUUCGAUUAUUGGUGAUGUUGAACCAAUGGAGUUGACCUUGCUGAGUCUGGUUGCCUCGAAUGUCAGGAAGCUAAAUAUAUUCGCUGACGAUCUGGUUAGUUCAUUCAAUGACAAUUAUACAGACUUAAAGCACCAUAAUGUUGUUUCAAAAUUCUGCAAUCUGAUUCGAACCAUGGACAGCCUCAAGUCCAUCAAGCUAUGGCAAGUGAAUCCCCAUCCGAUCGUCAAACAAAUACUCAAGGCUCUAGUAGAUUUACCCCGUUUGAGAAAACUAUAUUUGUGCAUUCCAAUGCGGGUGACGAUAAACUUGGGAAUGUUCCAUCGGCGGGAGUUUGUCUCAACUCCCAGUGAUAUACUCCGACACUGCAAAUCCCUGGCUAACCUGAGGACCCUCCAUCUCUCCGAUCAAGUGAGCAGCUCCAAUCUGCGGGAUAUUGUGAAGCAGUUGCCUCAUUUAAAGGAUCUAAGCUUCUACAUAGAUCGAUCUAAUAAUUGGAGUUUGUUUGCCUGCCAUCGAGAUACCAGAAACCAUCUGACUAGGAUCCUUGACUUUCUGGCCAGCGAAAGAAAACUGGAAAUUCUCAAGAUCAAGGGAGAAAUAAACGCUGAGCAUGAGGCCAAAUCCCUGGCCAGUAUCAAGUCCCUAAGGUCCCUGAAUUGCAGUUUCGCUAGCCCAGAUUUGGUUAUUUAUCUGACCGAACUUACUUCGCUCAGGAGCCUGCGAAUAACUUUGCUGCAUGACAUGGAUAUAACAUCCACAUAUCUACAGGUGAUUCGAAGCUGCAAGGAUCUGAGCUUCCUUCGCAUCUUUGAUUACAACAUUAGUCCGAACUUUGUUUGCAGAGCCGCCGAAGUGCUGGAAGAGAUCGAGUCCAAGAACACAUUACAUCUCCGAGUCCACGGCCGUCACAGUUCGAAUUCAUUGAAAGAGUUCAAGUCAAAUGCUUUGGACCAUAAAAAUCUUUUAUUUCGGUCCAUAUCAGCAACAGAACUUUUAACAUUAAUCUAAAACAAGAAAGGAAGCUAACUUCGGCUCGCCGAAGUUUUUAU